CUCCGCUCGUGUCUGUUUGUGGAACGCUAAUGUCAACGGGCGGACACGCGACUGCUCCGAUAGUAUUACCACUGGUCGAGUUGUUGUUGGAAUUUGGUGCCGCAGGCGAGCAGGGAGAAAUUGCGGGCUUAGCCUUGUUGGCGGCAUGUGAGGGGCGAAACAACGGCGGCAACAGCAGUAGUGUAUCUCAAAGUAAUCGGAGUAAUGGCAAAGUUGGUGGGAGCAGUCGCGCGCAAGGAGGAGCAUUGCUGGACGUGGUGCGGUUAUUGAUAGGCCCGCGAGGAGGGGCUCGGCCGACGCAUAAGGUCUUUAGGGCACUAUGGCGGAAUAGUAGAGUGGGAGUUUGGGAGAAAAGGGCGGUGCAUGCGGUGUUAAAUGAGGUUGCGGAGCCUAACUUAAGGAAGGAUGAGGCAGAAUGGUUAAUUGUAGCACUGUAGUUGGGACA